AUGACGUUUACUAUUUAUGUAACAGCAACAGUGUUACGUGGAGUUACGUUUCAUCCGUAAAUUAAUUAAUCACAGGAAUGUGUUUUUAUGAAUAAACUGAGGUUUUGUUUUUUUACAGAACAAACAUCAAACAGAGCUCAUGUGUUUUAUAUUUUGAAUGGAAUGGUCCUCCGUCGUCACUUGCAAUGACCGUUGUCCGGGUGAGCGUCCUGAUUGGCCGACAAGUGUCAAAAAGGCCAAAGGGAGCGCCGCCAUUGGCUGACAGCUGUCGAGGAGGCGGGAUCACUCCAGCGGCGACUGUCAAGAUUGGCGAAGGACUCCUCGGCGCAGGUAAAAAAAAAAAAGAGCCAGCGACGUCUAAAAAGCAAAAAGAUUUAUCCUCUAAAAAGAAAAAGCCAACAGUGGGAUGGGAACCGGCCGAUGUUUUCGCGCGGAAGAAGAAACACAAACGCGAGGUCUUUGAGUUUGUGGGAGAGGAAAGAGGAAGAAAGUGUGGAGCACGUUUUGCCAGCAAGUUGGACAGCUGCGUGUUCAUCAACAAAGAAUGAAAGCGUUCAAGCGAACUCUGGAAGAAGAGCGCCACGCGGAGCAGGAGCACUCCUCCGCCAUGUCGGACAGCGACGACGGCUCCCCGCUCGACCUGUCAGGAAGCGGACUCUUUGGGAAGCGGCGCCGCCGCGGCAACCUGCCCAAGGAGGCGGUGCAGAUCCUCAGGAGCUGGCUGUACGAGCACCGCUUCAACGCCUACCCUUCAGAGCAGGAGAAACUGAGUCUGUCCGGCCAGACCAACCUCUCUGUGCUGCAGAUCUGUAACUGGUUUAUUAAUGCACGCCGACGCCUCCUCCCGGACCUGCUCCGAAAAGACGGCCAAGACCCGACAAAGUUCACAAUAUCCCGCAAGUUGAACGGCAAGGGUGACGGCCACUCCUCCACAGCAGGGGGCAGCAGUUCACCCGAGCACCUCUCCUCCCAGCAACGGCCGUCUGUCAUCCGCUCCGCUCCCACGUUGGACCUCAGCGUCCUGGGAAACACCGCCACGGCCAUCUUGACAGGAGCGGCCUACCCCGGCAUGGAAGGCCAAGUUCAGGCGCUGAUGCGGCUGCACACGCAAAGUCUGCUGAGGGAGGCCGAGGACCAGGGCGCCAACACGUCCGUCAGCCCCGGCGGCGGCUUCUUCAACACGCCUCCCCCCACCCCGCCAGAGCUCCUACCCGCCCAGGACUUCAGUGAUCUCAGGCUUCUGGUGGAUGCAGCUCUACAGAGAGCAGCCGAACAGGAGAACCUGCAGAGGGUCCAGGAGAGCCAGGUUCUCCAAGAGAAGGUGACGGUAGAGGCGCGAAGUGACCUGGGCCCCACGCCGCCGCCCGAGGACAGCCAGCAGGUCUUAGAUCCAUGCAGAGUGCAGAGUCUGAUGGAGAAAGCUAUGACCGUACCAGCUGCUCCAUUGUCUGGAACAGCACCAGUCUUGGUCUCUGCUCCCAGGCUGUCCCCCCUGCCCAUGACCAAAGUCAUCUGGAGUCCAUUAGAGAAGGACAAUGUCCGAGCCUCCAGCCCAAAGCAGCUCAUCCCAGCCCACGUGCCCACCUUGGUCACCGUGUCGGCCUCCAUGUUUGGUCCGCUCUCUUCGGAAAAUCAUGCAGCUUCAGAUUCAAGUCCAGGGUCCAUAACUCCAAGUUCUACCUCCACGAGCCAGGCCUCGUCACCAGCGCCCGCCAUCCCGCCCUUCAGCGCCCCAAGAACUGUCCCUCUUUACCUGCCCUUCCACAAGUCUCAGUUGUUUCCAGUCGCCUUCCCGUCGCCCGGGUCUCCUCCCCCGGUCUCUACCUCCGGCCAAGCUUUGAAGACUUCCUCCAUGUCCACGGUCCUGCCCUGCCUCGACCUGUCCCCCCGCUUCCCCCCCGCAGGCGGCGGUGGCGCACAGAGGCCCAGCGUUUGGAACAUGGUCCACGGCGACAGCAGGCAGCCCGCCCCCCUGCAGGUGGUCCAGCCCCCCCUCGCCGGCGCCGUGUGGGGUCCGCAGCACACCGCCUGCACGCAGUGAUGACUUUUUUUGUGAAAAGCCCAGAAUGUAUCUCCAGCGCUCCUUGUGAGAAGAACGCAUGUGCCUGCCAAGCAGAAGGUUUUAGGUUUCCAAAUGUUUUGCUCCGUUUUAGUCGGCUGGUUUUCGUUUCGAGCAUAAGCGCCGGAAAUCAAGCAGCCGCCGGUUCAUGGACUGAGAACAUUCCAGAUGAAUUGUCCUGGACCACUUUUACGUCUUCUUUGGGUGUCAUAGUUUGCAUCUUCAGAAGCAACCUUCUAGUUUUUAUUACAACCGAGUCCUCUUUCUACCGUUCCAGUCUUUGCUGAUCUGGGAAGGGUUCUUGUUGUUGAUCAGCUGAUAUGAAAUGUAGCCAGCAGGGCCCAAAGGAGGUCUCUUUGGACCCGUCUCUCAAGUCUGAACUUGUGUUUCCAGCCUAGAGAGGAGGGGGGGGGUGCCCAAAUGUGUUGCCUUCAAGGGCCAAAGUGAAAAUGUGACAUUUAAAAGUCAGGCCGCACCACGAGUGAAACGUGUAGACCACAGGUGUCAAACCUCAUCCUUUUAUACGUCUUUUUUUACUAAUGUACGUUUUGACAUUAAGAAAUAUACCUGUUAAACUUUAUUAUUAUCCAAUAUUGCGGAGAAAACAUGUUUUAUUAUCAUAUUUUCCAACAAUUUUUACUUAAAAUAAAAAUACUUCAAUAUCUGCUGGACUUAGGAUUUCAAAGCACGUUAUCCAUCAAAUUGUAAAAAUGACAAUAGAGUUUACGGUAAAAUAUACAGUGUUUUGUACAGCACAUUACUGUAAAUUGAAAAACUACCAUGUGUUUGUUUUUUAACGGUAAAAUUCUCUCAAAAGAGCUGCCUGUUUUUUAUUGUAAAAUCUACAAUUGUUUCUACAGCGUGUUACUGUACACGGAAAAACGGUACUACGGCAAAAAAAAAACAGCAGCUCAGUUGUCAUAAUUUCAACAAAAACAGUAAUAUACAGUUUUAUGUUGGAAAAACCAUCGUAAAAUUUACAGUAAAAUUCUGGCGACUAAGCUACUAGUUUUUAUUGUAACAUCUACGGUUGUUUUUAUGGUUAUUGUAAAAGGCUGGUGACUGAGUUACCAGUUUUUACUGUCAAAUGUACAGAUUUGUGUUACAGUGGACAUAACAUAAUCAACUUCAUAGACAAAAUCAUUUAUUAUUCAAGUGGCCCUCUGAUGGCAGCCAUAACUGCGACGUGGCCCUCAAAGAAAGCCAGUUUGACGCCUUUGCUUUCGACCAAAUUUGGCCCCCGGGCCCCACUUUGGUCACGCCCUCCUCCACUCUUCAGACCUGGUCCUGUUUUUCCACAUGGAAAUGUCUUACGAUGUUUAUUUCCUCUCAUCUGUGCAUUAGAAAUGUCGAACUAUUCAUGAAAUCGUAGUUUCCGUGAAACUGUCGUUAGAAGAACUGCAAUAUAUUUUGUACGUGGUAGAAAUACUGUAGCGGAGUUGCCUUCAUUUUCAGUCGUUAUUCCACCUGGCCAGUCUUUUUUUGAUGUUAUUCUUACAACACUGUCCAUCAUCUCCACCGUACGUUCACGCUUUCAGGUUUCUGUUCCGGUUGUCGGCUGCAUUUAUACCUCAUUUUACACGUCAGGUUUGGGUCUUACAUAGAGAAAGUACUAUUUUUGUAUGACUAUUAAUAAUACUGCUAUGUGGGAAAAUGUUUUUAGCUAGCAUGAUUUUUGUGUACGUUUUAGAUGCUCGACAUUCCGAUGGGAAAAGUAUGUCUGUAAAUAUUUUUUUAGUUUGGUAAUGACAUGAAUCCUUAUCUCAAACGUCCGAACAUUCCAAAACCUCCACGUUGUGAACCUUGACUGACCGUUAGCAGCUUCUGUGCCUUAAACCUUUUUUAUUCUACAUGAGCUCAAUAGUUUGUGCAAUAUAUGCCUUAAACUUCAAGUGUGUUUUGUAUAAGCAUUUAAAAGAAAUAAAAGCUCAGUUUUUUCAUAAA